AUGAGUAGAAGGAACUUUACCGGUGUGGCUGACUUCAUCCUCACGGGGCUGACGGACUCAGAAGAGGUGAAGCUGGUCCUCUCCGUGCUCUUCCUCCUGAUUUACCUGAUCACGGUGCUGGGGAACAUGGUGAUGAUAUUGACCAUCCGCCUGGAUCCCCAGCUCCACACCCCCAUGUACUUUUUCCUCACUCACCUGUCAUUUCUCGACCUCAGCUACUCGAGUGUCUUCUCCCCUAAAACCUUACAGAACUUACUGACUUCCACCAAGAGCAUCUCCUUCCUGGGCUGCUUCACCCAGAUGUUCUUCUUUAUAGUCUUUGGUUCUGCCGAAUGUUUCAUUCUCUCCUCCAUGGCCUAUGAUCGCUAUGUAGCUAUCUGCCGACCCCUAUACUAUCCAGUCAUUAUGUCCACAAGGCUGUGCUGUGCCCUGGUUGCUGGCUCCUAUGCUAUUAGCUUUGUUGAAUCCACUGUGGGUACGAUUUUCACAAGCAGACUGCAGUUCUGCAACUCUCAUGUUAUCCAGCACUUUUUCUGUGACCCAAUGCCUAUUUUAUCCCUGUCCUGCAGUGACACUUCUGAGGUUGAAGUCAUUAUAUUCAUAUUUGCUGGCUCCAAUUUAGUGCUGUCCCUCAUCACAAUAUCUGGGUCCUAUCUGUCCAUCCUCUCCACUAUCCUCAAAAUCAAUUCCACUGCAGGAAAGAAGAAAGCCUUCUCCACCUGUGCCUCCCACCUCCUCGGAGUCACCAUCUUCUACAGCACUAUGAUGUUUACUUACCUAAAGCCGAAGACGUCCUACUCCUUGGGCAGGGAUCAGGUGGCUUCUGUGUUUUACACGAUUGUGAUCCCCAUGCUGAACCCUCUCAUUUACAGUCUCAGAAACAAAGAGGUGAAGAGCGCUGCCCUGAGAGUCCUGUGGAAGAGAGUGGGCUGCAGGCAGCUAAAAUAA